AUUUAGUCAAUUGGUUUCCAUCUUCAUCUGGAGAAAAUCAAGAGUGUGAACUCUGAGAUUGAAAAAUGAAAAUUUCCUGAGAAAGUUUACAAAAGAUCAAAUCUUUAUCAAGAAAAAAGAAGAAGAGAAAGAGUUGUGUUUAAUUCGAACAUUCAUUUGCCUGUAAAGUUGCUUUUAUUGGAAAAUUUGUGGUUUGGAUUCAAGAUCAAACACAGAUCUUGUAACCUUUGGAUCUAUCUUAAUGCUUUUGUUAAUCUUUGGAAGCUGAGGAAAAGUUAGAGCCAAAGGGGAAAACAGAUGUUUUCGACGUUAUAAGUGUGGUUGAUGUUGUUGUUGAAAGGGAACAAUAAAGUUUCUCUGUUGGAAUUGAGUCAUAUAACUCUUCUGAAUGAAGAUGGAGUUCUAUAUUUAUGGGUGGAUUGACUGGUUUUCUUCUUCGAGUUCGAUGAUGUUGUGUUUGCUUUGAAGGGUUUUCUAUUCUUAUCGAGUUUUUAAGUGCAUGAGAAGCGAUUCUCUUGUGUGAGCUACGAUGAUCAAACAGAUACUUAAUAGGCUCCCACGGAAACUAUCUAGGUCCAGUGACAAUCGUGAGGGAGGAGGAAGCUCUACAUCAUCAUCAAAUGCUUCUACCAGUUCAAGAAGCAGUGAUCUAGCUAGUAACCAUUAUGCAAACUCGAGUGGCUUGACCUUUUCUGGCUUUAAUUCGACUCCAUAUUCGGGGUUGAAUCAAGGGAACAAGUUUUCUCAAGCGGUGAAUGCAAAGCUGAACGGGAACAUGGUUGCUUCUUUCGAGGCAUUGCCUAGUUUUAGGGAUGUUCCGAAUUCUGAGAAGCAAAACUUGUUUAUCCGAAAGCUGAACUUGUGUUGCAUUGUGUUUGACUUCACUGACCUGACAAAAAACCUCAAAGAGAAGGAUCUUAAGCGGCAAACGUUGCUAGAGCUCGUGGAUUAUGUUUCAUCCACUAACGGGAAAUUCCAGGAGAUUGUUAUGCAAGAAAUUGUGAAGAUGGUAUCGGCGAAUUUAUUUAGAGCACUAACAUAUCCGCCCCGUGAGAACAGGGUUUUAGAAGCGUUUGAUUUGGAAGAGGAAGAACCUUCAAUGGACCCUGCUUGGCCUCAUUUGCAAGUUGUUUAUGAAUUUCUCUUGAGAUUUGUGGCAUCACCCGAGACAGAUGCAAAAUUGGUCAAGCGGUAUAUCGAUCACUCUUUUGUUCUAAGGCUGUUAGAUCUCUUCGAUUCAGAGGACCCCAGAGAAAGGGAGUAUCUGAAAACCGUUUUGCAUCGUAUCUAUGGAAAAUUUAUGGUCCAUCGUCCAUUCAUCAGGAAGGCAAUCAAUAACAUCUUCUUCCACUUUAUUUUUGAAAUCGAAAAGCAUAAUGGAAUUGCGGAGCUUCUAGAAAUACUGGGAAGUAUAAUCAAUGGGUUUGCUUUGCCAUUGAAGGAAGAACAUAAGCUCUUUCUCGUGCGUGCAUUGAUACCGCUUCAUAAACCGAAGUGUAUACCCAUGUACCACCAGCAGUUAUCUUACUGCAUAACUCAAUUCGUGGAGAAAGAUUGCAAGCUUGCUGAUACUGUUAUUCGGGGGCUGUUAAAGUAUUGGCCGAUCACGAACAGCUCGAAAGAAGUCGUGUUCUUGGGUGAACUGGAGGAAGUUUUGGAGGCCACACAACCUGCUGAGUUUCAACGCAGCAUGGUACCCUUGUUCCGUCAGAUUGGCCGUUGCUUGAGUAGUUCCCAUUUUCAGGUGGCAGAGAGGGCUCUGUUCUUAUGGAACAAUGAUCACAUCGAGAACCUAAUAAAACAGAAUCGGAAAGUCAUACUGCCGAUUAUCUUCCCUUCUUUGGAGAAGAACGCCAGAAACCAUUGGAAUCAGGCAGUGCAGAGCUUGACUCUAAACGUCCAGAAGAUUUUCUCGGACACUGAUCCCGAGCUCUUUGAGGAAUGCUUGCAUAAGUUUGAGGAAGACGAAGCACGAGAAAAUGAGGUCAAAUCAAAACGCGAAGCAACAUGGAAACGGCUAGAAGGGAUUGCUGCAAUGAAAGCUGCGAGUAAUGAACCUGUGCUCAUCUCCCCGAAAACAACCAACCGCAAGCUGUCCGGUUAGUAAAACGAGUUUGGCCACUUUAGUAGCAGAUGUUCAAUGUCGAGCUUGGUGGUUUGCAGACCAUAUCAGUUGGUGGAGAUUUUUGCUGUUCCGAACUGUUUCGUGUUCACCCGGGGGAUAUAUGGCUUGCUAGAUUUUGAUGUCACAUGGGGAUUCAUCAAAGAUUGAUGCUAUGUGGGGUAAAUGCAAGGCCCUCUUGCUCAUAAAAUGCAUAUAAUAUGUAAUGGAUUGGGGGACGAAGGAGCAAAAUGAGUUUGAUUUGGCUUGUAAAGUUGACUUCUUUUUCA